GGGCUUGGCUAUUUCUAUGCGUUUACUCGUUGUCUCCCACUAGUAGCUCGCGAAGAGUCUGACAUGGGCUAGUUACAGUAGUAGAUAGCAUACGGGAGACGAUACAUGCUAUUCGUUGUGACUUCCUGAGCCCCCAAGGUACACAGAGCGAGCGGAUCAGGUCGCAGUAAGCCCAGUGCGAUUAUGCAUAUUGGCUUUUUCACUUGUUUUCACGGCAUAUCAUGACCCUCCACAUCUUGCCUCUUACCCCAAAUUCCCACAACUUAAACCACAGGCCGUUACGCCACACACUAUCAUAUGCCUUCUGCACAUCUAGCAUAUGUCUCCUUCCCCUCCUUUAUUCUACCCUGCACGAGUUCAUUCAGUGUAUAAAUAUUAUCAACACAACCCCUUCCAACCCUAAAACCAGCCUGGCCCUCAUGCAAUGCUUUGCCCUCAUCCAGAUGAUUCACCAGCUUAUUGUUCAAGACCUUCCCAACCGCACUCAGCAGAGUGAUGCCCCUAUAAUUCUCAGGAUCCUCCUUAUCUCCCUUCUUAAACGGGUUGACUAUGAGGCCCUCUCUCCACUGCGGUGGCACAAACUCCUCGCCAAAUUACUGUAAACAAUUGUUUAAGUAACUCUACCAUCCCUGACCACCAUACUUUUGAAGCCUCCCCACAAGCCCAUCACUACCACCAGUCUUGUUAUUCUAACACACAAUGCAAUCUCCUCCUAAUCUAUUUCCCUAUCGCAAUACAUUUUCCACACAAUCUGUUGGAAACUCACAUACUUUCUUAUCCACUUCCCCUUUCAACUAUCAUCAAAGGCUGUAUCAACACUACAAGUGCCCAACUGCUAAUAAUGCCUCUUUAACACCUCUAACUUGCCCUCUGUACUAUAUAGUCACUGACACCCCAGCACUAUUCCUCAAAGCUGUAAUCCCCCUCUUCUUACCCUUUGUCCUUCUACCAACAAAUGCCCAAAAUUCUUUCCUAUUACCUUCAAAAUCUGAAUUUGCUCUUUCCACUACCUCAUUCCAAACCUCAAGCUUGUUCUGAACAACUCAAUUUUUCACCUCCCUACGCAGUGUACUAUAUUCCUUCCAUAGGUAAUCCUGACCCUCAAGAAUUUUCUUGUAAGCCUCCCUUCUCUGCUCUAUCUUCUGCUUAAUCUCGUCAUCCCACCACCUGACUGUCCUGCCACACACUACUACCUUCCGAGAUGACACAGUGACCAGAUUGAUCGACUUACCAAGUACAUGGGGCAUAUGCCUAGCAUGGAAGAGCAUCAGGCACUUGAAACACAGAAUCGAGAAAUACAAAUGCAGUGUGAGAUAAUGGCAAAGCGCCUUGCAGAAGCAGAGAUUGCUUUAAAAAAGGCUCUAAGAGGAGCUAGUGAAAAGGACGUUUUAGUACAGUCAAAAGAGUGCAUACAAAGAGAACUUGAGGACGCAAGGCUAAGCUUGGAGACACAUAAGCAAAGCAUAGCCAUAUUAGAGCCAGAAAAUAUGAUGCUAAAAAAGGAAUGCCAACAUCUUAAAAAGGUGAUAGUGGAGGCAGAACGGCGUUGCAGGCAAGAACUACAAGCCAUGCGAGAAAGACACCGGGCUAGAUUUGUAGAAGCAACAGCAAAACUACGCAAUCAGUACAAGAGUCUAGCGAAAAGAGCUCGAGCACUUGAGUCCCAGCUCACUAAAAAUUAUGAUGCUAUGAUGGCCCUUAAUAGUGAACUACAGAGUAGCCAAGGAACAAUUGGAGCCCUAAAAACAUCUGUUAAAGAUCUGGUGUUCCAAAAUCAAGAAUUGUUAGAAAAGAACAUUUCUCUUCAAGAAUCAAGUGCUGAGGCAUUAAAAGUAUCAAGUUGUCUUUCUGAGGCUCAAAGCUCUGCUGUACAACAACUUCGUUUUGAGCUCUCGCACUGUACUGAGGAGUUGGAUUCUCUUGUUAGUCUCUCUAUAUCGCUACUCAAGGGACAGGAACCAAACCCAAUCAUGCUCUUUGGAUCUGAUUCCCGUGCUAUACCAUCAGAUGAGGAUCUUUCAGAAGAUUUUGAGUCACGACUUGCUCAGGUGAAAUGCCUCCGACACAAAAUUGAAGACCUCAGAUCCAUGAUCUCUGAACACUUUGCUACACAACUCUCUUCUGUUUGCCAUGUACAAUAAUUGCCUGACUUUUUUUCUAAUCACUCACCUGUCAUAUUGUUAAAAUAAUCAUAAUACUCCUGUCUGUAUCUUAGUUGAGGAUACAAGUAAAUAAAAAUUCUACGGAUUAGAAAAGAGAUGAAUAUAGGGAUGCCAAGGAGACACGAUGACCUAGUGCAUGUGAUGCAGUAGUACAGUGGUGGAUGAUAGCUAUUAUCAAACGGACAUUGUUUGAUCUUGUCAUUUUUUCCACACAAGCCCUAUGUUGUCACCACUUCACUACUCAUAACAUGAGUUUUACAAUGUUGGCAGAGUUGACAGUGUUGAUUAUCGAUGCCUGGUUUCACGAUUUUCCUCCACACACAGACACCAGCAGUUAUCGUCACAUGGACAUGCAAAUAUAUCUUUCUACUGCCUAUGUAUAGUAACUGUCAUUGUGAUUGUUUGUCUUUCGGUUUGGACACUAGGUGUGUGGGGAGAGUUGGCAUGCCAUAAAAGGCUCUUUAACCCACCGCCCCAGUUCUCAAGGCUGGGCACCUGUGUAUGGGUGGAGGAUGGGGGGUGGAGGGUGACUUCUGGUU